CUGAUUCAUUCAUUCACAGGUAAUGGCCCUCCAACUAGCACAACAGAUACGAGUGCAGGACCCCCAGCAUAUCCUGGAAACCAGUGCCCCUCCAACUUGCCUGAUGGGUACUAUGCUACUGGGGGACCUCCUCCAGCAUACCCAGGCCCUCAGCAGUACCCAGGGACCCAGCCGUACCCAGGGACCCAGCCGUACCCAGGGACCCAACCUUAUCCAGUCCAACAAGGUUACCCCCAGAGUUACCAAGGACAGACUACGACAAGUGUAAUUGUACAGCAACCAAAUAUGGUCGUAGCGAGGCCUGUUGGAGUACCUCCCCCUGACUAUCAGGCACUGGCUUGGUUUGCUUGUCUAUGUUGCUGUUGGCCUCUUGGCCUUGUUGCCAUCAUCAGAUCAAAUGAGGUACGAACUGCCUCAGCAAGGGGUGAUUACCUCACAGCCGAAGCUGCUUCCCGUUCAGCUCGCACCAUGUCCUUCCUGGCAAUUGGUUUAGGGAUAGCGUUCAUGGUUCUUUAUAUCAUCAUACUCACUGUUUAUCUCAUUCCACUACUCACAAUGGAAAACACUUAUAAUGACUACAACUGAAAUAGUUCAUCUUAGAGCGAGAUCAAUAGACAAUAGAAGCUUUGCACCAUCACGUGCCCACGCCAUAAUACAGCUUGGACUGCCUGUGGUUAGAUGGCAGAACAAUAAAAUCUCUUUGCUCUUGGGAAUUGAAUUCUUCCUCAUGUAAAACGAUUGUAUUGUUCCUGCCAUCUAACAUGGCUGCCGUCACGUGAUGGUGCAAUGCCUCUUUGGCCAACCAAUCACUGUUGCAGCAGUUUUCCCAGUAAAAUUGAUACUUGUUGCACUAACCACUCAAUAUCUGUUUUAAUGAAUUCUACAAGAAUUAUAUAGCCAUUUUCUUUUAUUAUCAAAGGGCAGUAAACAAUAGAAACAUUUUAUAAUCAAUUUUCCACAAUCACAGUUUAAAAUUCUGAGACAUUCUAGCUAGUUUGUUAAGCUUGUGGGGCAUACGCGCGGAGAUACGAAAUUUAUCUUCGAGUGUUAAAAAGAUCUCUCACAAGUGAAGCACAGCGAACGAGUGAGAGAUUUUCAACACGAGAAGAUAAAUUUCGUAUCUCCAAGCACCCAUGU